AUGCUUCAUAAAAUGUUAAAUCAACAAGAAGAAGAAGAGCAAUCUUCUAUUGCUUCUGUUUUCAACAGAAAAAUAAAAACAACAGAAAAUACAAUUUUUAAUCACCACCAACAGCAACAGCAACAACCAAACAAAAAUCCAAAACCUUUAAAAAAUACAACAAAAACACCAAAAAUUAUCUCAUUGUCAUUCCCCUUAUUCUUCUUAUUCACCAUACUAGUAGUAGUAAUUUUGCCAUCAUCAACCAAUUGUUCGUCGUUGGAAUCUUCUUUUGAAGGAGUACCUUCAAGUAGAAUUAUUGGAUAUCCUUUUAUUUCGUUUGAAGAAAAUAAUAGAGGAGGAGGAGGAAGUUUUGAGGACCCAAAUAAUAAUUAUGAGGAUAUUAUUGAAAAUAAAAAGAAAUCACAAAGACAACGACGACUUUUACAACAAUUAGUAGCUAAUGAAUUGGUUGCAGCAACAGCUGAAGGAGAUGAUAAUGAUGAUCCUACUUAUGGACAAACAUUUCGUGGGGCGAAGAGAACUAAAGGUGAAUAA